AUGAGGCGAAAUGAGGGUCAAAAGAUGAACGAAAAAGAGCUGAUAGCAUUCAUAUCGUCAGAAGACCAUUCAAGAUUGUUAGACUACAGUUACCAACAACCAGAUACAAGCCCUCCACAGCAGCAACAACAACAACAAUCACAGCAACAGCAGCAGCUGCAGCAACAACAACAGCAACAAUUUCAGCCACAAGGUCAAGGUAGGUCAUUGGCAAUAGCUUUAGAUACACAUUCUCUACCUCCCAAAUCAACGAUUGCUUUCAAAAGUCAACAACUGCCACAAUAUCAUCAGCAGCGUCAACAAAUGCAACAACAAUUGCAACAAUUUCAACAAUGGCGACAACAACAAUCUCCACCGUCACAGUUUGUGCCGGAACUUUCUCCAAUAAAUUCACCAUCUUCGCCGUCUAAACAACGAAAACAGCCACAGCAGCAACUACCACAACUACCAGCUUCUCUAUUUUCACCCACAUCACCAUUAUCUAAACAACAAAAACAACAAAUUCCACAGCAAUGGCCGCCACAACAAACAACACCUCCAUCACAAACAUCACCGUCUUCCCCAUCUAAACAACUACAACAGCAGCAGCAGCAGCAACCACAUCAACUACUACUACAACAGCAGCAGCAACAACAACAACUGCCGCUAACAUUACCAUCCAGUUUGUUACCAACUACGCCGUCUUCACUGAGCUCACCGUCGUCCAGAUUUCAACAGCCUAAAACGAUUUCUUACUCUUCCCCAUCAUCGUCACCCAAGCAACAACUAUCAAUAUUUUCAACCUCUCCGCAACAACAACAACAUCGUCAUCGUCAUGGUCAACAACAACAACAUCAACAAAUAUCCAGCCAAUCAAAACCCGCCACUUCGAAACCAAUCGAAAAGAUGAAAAAAUUUUUUAACAUCAAAAGUCGGUCGUCAAAAUCUGCCGAGCGCACGAACGCCAGUCGACAAGCCGCUAAAGCAACAAAACUCUUUUCCAAAGACAGAAACGACUCUGACGACGACGACGACGACAACGGUGGCAGCAGCAGCAGCAAUCUCGACGUAGAUGAGGCUGGUAAGAGGUACCACUACACUAGGCGCGCCACAGAGGGCGGCAUACAAGCACCUCUACAAAAAUUAGGCACAAAACUGAAACUACUGGAAACUUCGAAACAUAAAGAUGUCCUGCUGGAUCCGCUUCAGCACAAGUGGACGAUGCAACAGAAGAUUAUAGAGGUUCAGCAGAAGGAGAUUGAUGAAACGAAAGCGAAACUGAAAGAAGUGGAAGAGGAAAUCGAGAAAUUGAAAAAUCUUUUUUUGGAAUCUGAAAAACGAAAUGAAGAUUUAACAGCUCAACUACAGCAGCAAAAUCAACUGCUUAAUCAACAGUCACUAUCUCCACUACUACCACUACCAUCACCACCACCACCACUACCACCACCACCACAGCUACAUCAACAGCAGCAGCAGCAGCAACAACAAAAACUAAAACCUCAAUUCCAUCUGAACCACAGACGAACAAGAUCAGACGGUUUUAAAUUAGUAGUCGACCUCGACGCCACACCAACGUCACCAGCAUCAUCGAACGAGCAUCCUUCCUUUUCCUCAAACAAAACACCUCCACUGAGUAGCAGCACAUCCAGGAUCGCAAUCAGUGCAUCUCCCGACAGGACCCAAACACCUCCAAAAUCCGCCCGGGUAGCCAGAUUAAAUUUGAUAAAACAAUCAGCGUUGCUAAACCGCGCAACUAGGAUUCGAACUUUGUCUGAUUGUAACAGAGACCAAAAUCCUCAUCUCACAAUAAGCGGAUAUCAGUACCGACCACCGAAUCGGCUGCCAGUCGUCUACGAGCAUUACGAAACCGUCAACACCGAAACAUACCGGAAGAUGUACGGCGGUCGAUAUUAUAAGAAGAAGGAGAGUAACAUCGAUAAAUUACUCGAGUUGUAUAACGCACGUACAGGUAAUAGCGAGGAAAAUAAUAUUGGUGGUAGUCGAAACAGUGGCGGAAGUAUGAGCGUUUGCAGUGGCGGUACCGCAAGUAGCUCGAUUAUUGUAGAAAGGAAGAAUCGGUUUCAAGUUAUAACUCGCAAUAAUAUCGAUCUCGGUCAGUCGGUACAGCAGCAGCAGAAGCAGCAGCAGCAGCAGCAACUUGCAGAACAAAUUGAAGAAUCAAAAAAACAACAGCAACAAAUGCACAGUCUAACAACAUCGCCACAACGACCGAAAACGUCACCACAAUCUCGCCAAGAGCCACCGACGGUCAUGUCCCAACUCUUGAAAAAAACUCCAGAAAAAAGUAGCGACUUGGAUAGCAGCGGAAACAGGAGCAGUGAAGAGAGGAAGAAGACGAUUGGCUUGGAUGAUUAUUUAAAGAUGUACAAUGAGAUGAUGAGAGAGAGGGCUGCAAGUCGUCAGCCAAUCAGAAGCGGCAACGCCAGCAACGACCUUCCCACGCAGCAACUCAUUAAGAAGAGGAAUAGAACGGUGUCAAUCAACUCAGAGUCCCCAGAUUCUAAGUCGUCACCUCAAAAGCAACAACAACUUCAGCAGCAGCGACAGCAGCAACAGCAGCUACAGCUACAAACGCGUUCGUUAUCACUAACUCCACCAACACAGCAGCAAGCAAUAUCUCCAGCACGCCACUUAUCUCUAACUCCCUCACCUGGUCAACCAGCCACCUCCCGAUCCAACAUCCUCCCGACCAGGAAACCAUCAAUUCGCAGAUAUUCCUGCAGUGAAGCAACUUUCGACUCCAGACGCAACUACCCCUUCCAACCCUCCAGAAACAAACCAACCAAUCAGACGAAGGACAUUGCAGAGCGCGGCACCAAUAACGUCCUUAGAAAGAAAUUCCUCGAUUGGACUUUCAGACGGCAGAGUGCCGUAGAACCACCAAGAAUUAUGCCCACAAGUGACAGUUUCAACAGCUCUCCACCCGGUAGCACUAGCAUCAGUAGCUCAAACUUGAGUGGGUACACUUCUAGCUCUGGAUCAAUCAUUUCGGGACUCAAUAAAUUUGGUAGCAAGCUGGCCAAGUUAAAAUUUCGUAAAAAAAAUGGUAGAAGGCAGUCUGAGCCGACGCAGACGAUGAAUAAAGAGCUGAAAGGCUUGGCGGUUAAACAUUUGAGGAAUUUGUAUCAGAAGAAACUACACGAAUGCCAAGAGGCCAAUUUCGCUAAUGACAAAUUGAGAGUAUGUAUAGACGCUCUCUUUGUAUUCGAACUCGGUCACUACGACAGCAGGAACAGGCGUUCUAACCAUUACAUCAUCACGGUGAUUAUUUUUCUCUGGUUUAAUAUAGCUCCUCCAGAAGUGGCAAUAAUUACGAUGUUGAAGCAGUUCGAAUGCUACGAUAUUAUGCCUGUUAACUCCGAGAUGAUCCUCCUACAUGAAGAGUUGAAGGUGGGCAUUAGAAAACGCAUCUGCAGCUGCAUCAGCAACCUCACCAACUUCAUCAUCGUCGUCGUCAUCGGGAAUGACGACGACGAUAAUGAUAAUGAUUAUGACAUUUAUAACAUCAAUUACAACAACAACAACAACGACGAUGAUGAUGAUGAUGGUGGUGACGACGAAACCGGAAACGACUUCGAGAUUGGAUUGAUAUGCGCAGACAUCAGGGAUAGCCUGUUUGAUGCCAUUUCGCUGCUAAAGGUUCUAAAGUUUCAUAGAAUAUUAGUCAUGGAUAAGAACCUAUACGAACCUCUGUUUAUGCUUACCUACAAGAAAGCUCUGUUUUUCAUAUACCUGAUGUUCGACGCCAUUCAUCUGCCUGACUACCUUUACGAGCCAAUCAGAAGCAUGGGUGUUGGAACCUAUGAUAUGGAUAGGAUUAUAACGAUACAGAGAUCCACACUGCUGUUGGAUGCGUUGAAAUUGCUAAAUGAACAUCACAUCUCAGCCAUUCCGGUUGUUGAUGACGACAGAAAACUACUCGACAUCUUCACCAAAGAAGAUGUUAUGAAUUUGAUCUUCAGUGAUUUGGCAACCCAGAUGAGUACGCCAAUUGGCGAUAUUGUUCGAGAGCAGAGAGAGCGAUUUGAAGGUUUAUUCCUCUGCAACGAUUCAGAUCAGCUCAUUACAGUUAUUGAGUAUUUUAUCGUGUCGAAGGUGCAUAGAUUGUUAAUUGUGGACCAAGAUAAGACAUUGCUGGGAGUCGUUUCUCUAUCAGAUGUCGUCAAUUUUAUGGUCUUUGGUCACGAUGAGGAAGAUGAAGAAGACAUACAGAUCGGGGAUGAAGAUGAUGAUGAUGAUGACGUUAGUAUUCAGCUCAGCCAAUCAAGUUACAGUAUCGACUCUACGUCACAGGAUGGUGUGGCUGUGACGUCACAGAUAUGAUGAGGAUGCUGUGGUAGUGAUAGUUGUCUCGUAGAGAUACCAGCAGACAAACAUACCAGCAUAGUUGCACACACACACACACACACACCAAACUCAUACACACACACACAUAUACACUUUCACACACACACACACACACACACACACACACACCACACCCACACACACACAUGUAAGUUUGUAUGUUUUUUGUAUGAAUGUAUUACUUUUCGUUUGUUUGGUUGUAUGUCUGUAUGUUUGUGUGCGUGUGCGUGUGUUGGUGCGUGUGUGUAUAUAUGAAAUUAGAUUUUAUUUGAGAAACUAUUUUAAAAUUGAAGUAAUUAAUAUUACCAUCUUACUUCUGUGUGUUAUUAUUAUUAUCAGCAUCAUCUUCAUCAUUAUUUUUGUUAUAAUAAUAAUAAUAAUUAUUAUUAUUAUUUAAUAAUAACAUAAGAAUACAAAAUAGGUCAUCGCCAAAGUUUAAUUAGCAGUAUGAUUGCUAUCAUAUCAUCAUCAUAUAUCAUGAUAUCAUAACAUCAUCAGAUGCCAUAUAUUGUGAUCGGAAUAAUCAAUCAAUUUUCAUUUGAUAUCACCUUAUCAUUGCCGUACUAAUUUUACUUUAAAUGAAAAGCAACGAUGACUAACUAUGAUGAUUAUAAUUUUACUUUAAUCAUGACUAUUUCUUAAUUAAUUUCUUAAUUAAUUUCUUAAUUAAUUAAUUAAUUAAUGAUUUUACGCAUUAUUGUUUGGUUUUUAUUCUUUCAUAAGCGCUAUUCAUGCCUUCUCCAUCCACUAAACGUUACCAUUUAUCGUCAUCUAAACUACCUUACUAAAUUAUUUUAUUUUAUUUUUCGUUCUAUGACUUACUUACUAAACGAUCACGUGAUUUAUGACGUAACGGUUUACAUUUUUUUUACCGUAAGAGUGAAGUUACUGAAUUACAUUAUUAAACUUUACUACUAUUGCGAAACUGAUGAUGUGGUUAAAUAACGAACAACUAACGAAUAACUUUAGAUGCCUUAUUUUAUUUUUGUCUGUACUCAUGUGACACAAUUGUGCAUUUGUGUGUGUCUGUGUGUGUGUGUCUGUGUGUGUGUGUCUGUGUGUGAGUCUGUGUGUGUUUGUGUGCUUGUAUAUGUGUGGGACUGUCUAUUUAUUUGUGUGAUUUAUCAUUUGAUAUUGCGGUUUUGAGCAUAAUAUAUCAACUACAUCAUUAUGUCAUUUUGUAAUAGACUGGCUUAGUUUCAUUUGUAUUUUAUUCAUACAAAAUAUACAAACACGU